AUGCAGUUUAUGAAUAGUUAUACAGAGAAGCAAUUAGCAUUAGUAUAUCACAAAGGAGUUUAUCUCUAUGACUAUAUCGAUUCUUAUGAUAGGUUUCAGGAGACAGAACUUCCUCCCAUUCAUGAAUUUUAUAGUACUCUUAAAGGUAAGAUCUCACAAGAUGAUUACAAACACGCUCAGAAAUCUAGCAGAUGUUUGGAUAGAGUUUCAAAAAUGUCUAUAAAAUAUUAUGAACCUGAUCCCAGUCAAUAUGUUUCUGCCUCAUCACUAUCCUAG